GCAGAGCUCCUCCUUCCCUUCCUUUCCUAGUUUCAGUUCCAGAAAUGGUUUUGUUGUCGGCGCUCUCACCCUUAUACGUUUCUCUAAAUUAAGGACUUGAGGAAAGUGCUCUGUUGGUAUCAUCUGGAGACAUCUCAGGCAUCUCUGCAGUUGAGCUUCCAGUUGUGCAGUAAGAUGGUCUCUGAGGUGGGGCCGGCAGCUGGACCCAGGUUACAUCGCCUGUUCACCUGGUUUGACCCUGAAGCUACUGCGGUGAGCUCGGUGGUGACUGUCCUGUUGGGGCUAUUCCAGGUGCUGCUGUCUGUUCCGCUCGCUUUUGCAGAUGAAACUCUGCCAAGACUCUACAUACUGCCACUGGUCUUAGGACUUAUAAUUGUGGCAGCAGGAUCGUUCACCAUGGCCAGUGAGAGGAACCCCAGCAAACUACUGCUUCAAGGUUGUGUGUGCAGUAAUGUGGCUGGCCUACUGGGGGCAACACUUGCCUUCUGCCUCUACAGCUACAACCUCAGCAUUGUACCCAAAGAUCUGUGUGAGCAUACUGAAGGUGGCUACAGACCUUCGUAUUUUCGCUGUCCCGGGGAUAUCCUGUCGGGGUACUGCUGGAGUUUGACACUGCUGCUGCUGCUCUAUGACACCGUGGCCGUGGUCUUGCACUGCCUCCUGUCUGUCUCGGCCCUCAAAGCACUCAAAAGAGACUAAUACACACACGCACAUACGGGAAACACAGGUGCCCUACAUGUUGAAUUAUUUCUCAUCAGCAGUAGGCUAGCUUGUUUUUCCGUCACAGAUGUGUCAAUACUGCAGAUUUGUGCUUCAGUGGAUCUGGUGACACUGCAGAGAGUUUUCAUAAUAGAUGAGCAUGAUCCAAUGUGCUCUGUUCAAAACAAAAUGUGUCCUGAGAGGGUAACAACAGAGUCAGGCAGAAAUCAGUUCUUAGCACAGUCAGCAUGGAUGUGACAAAAUGAUAUAAAUCAAAUAGUCAACAAAUAAAUGAUGAAACAUAAUCGGAAUAAACAUGAUGAAAAUAAAUGGAUUUAACCGCCAGCCAUAAAACUAACUUUGAAAAUUGGACUAUCAUUUGACAUAAAGUGGCCAUGGCAUAAGUGAGGUUAUACACGAAAAUGUUAUUUUUGUACCAUCACUAAUAUUAGAGCUAGACUAGAGAGCUGGUAUAUGGGCUGAUGUAAGCAUAUUGCAGAUACUGUACAGUAGGAGUGUUAUGUGGUAAAUGUCAGUACAGAAAUGCCAAAGUAGGCAAUUUAGAGUUUGUCCACCAGAGAGCACUGACAAGUUGGUUUUUACACUGUAAAAUGUCCAUAUCAGUAUGUGUCUCAAUAAAAAGCAAAAAACAAAUCUAAGGGAUCCUUAUUGAGAUACUUUGUUAAUGUCAUGUGUUCAUAUUUUUAAAGGAAUAGUAGUUUGACAUACGCUUGACGUUGCGUCUCCACUUCCUCCCACUGUACAAAAAUGAAUCCAAAAAUAUCCUGGAUAUGGAUGCUGCACGAGGUAGUUUAGUCUAGUUUUUCAGGAGUUUUGCAGCCACAGUGGUUUUUCCUACAUGCCUUGGAAGGCAGAGCUGUUCAAAUAAUUGCCUACUGCAACUUCACCACUAGAUGCCACUAAAUCCUACACACUGGUUCUUUACGAUCAGUGACCUUUCAGAUCUUGAUCUGGAAUUGUCUUGAUCAUAGGACCAAAUUUAGAGAUUGAAUAUGUCUAAUCUGUGAUUGGUUUACCUUUACAGGGCAGGAAAUAUGAGUAGGCUGUGACAAAAGUGUAUCACUGUAAAUAUUCAAACAGAAUCUUGCCCUUUAUGAAUAAAAAAAUCCAGUUUGGGGACAGAAAUAGAAGUUAGCCGAUGUAACUGCAGUUUUAUGAGAAUGUACAAUCCCUAUUGGAGACACAUACUGUCGUACAUACACCUGUUAAUUUUGUAUUCACAUGGAUUUUUAAAUCGUGUUUUAUAAUGUUUUAUAUGUAUAACAAUUUUAUAACAAAUCAAAUAUCCUAAACAUAUACAUGAUGUAUCUGAAUCUAUAUUAGUCAACUCAAUAAUCAUUUGCUUGUUGCUGUUUGUACCUCUGUAUGUAUGUUGGGGGAGGACAAAAUAACAAACACCUUACACAAAGCAUUACUAUAUACGCCUCACAAAAAUAACAUUGACUGCAGGGCUGAAUGCUGUAAUAGAUUACAUGAUAGUGUACACAGGUGUUGUUAAUGUGUCCAUACUGCGUUAUUCAAUGGGGUGAUAACUGUUGCAAUGCAAUAAACCGUUACUAAGA